CGAGGAGGAGGACACUCCAUCUAAAGAGAUCUAAAAGCUCCAUUCGGGAGUCGAAACUUUACGCAAUCUUCCGAGGUCGUAUCUCUCCAUCUCUCUUCCCUCUCGCUCUAUUUUUGGAGAAGGAUCUGUCUUAGAUCUGAAACUUUGAUUCAACGGUCCGAUCCAGUUUCAAAAUUUCCCAGCACUUUUCCAUUCACUCCAGUCUCCGAUUGUCUUACGACCCAUUUUUUUUGUAAAUUCAGAGAAGGAAGAUUAUCGCAAAGCAUACAUGGAAAUUUCAUAUUUUUAUUUCCAUAUAUAAAGGAGGGAGCUUUUGAUUGGGGUAGUGGGAGCCUACUCCAAUGGGGUCCCGUAAACGAUCAAAUGCUUCUUCUUCUUCUUCUUCUUCUUCUUCUUCCUCUCAGCACACGGACGCUUCGAUCUCAGGGAUCCAUGAGAAGCAUCAAGAGGAACUAGAUAACUUGACACUAACAUCUCAACCCUUGAGAACAUUGAAGUUUUUCAUUUUGGCUGUAGUUCAGUAUGUUAAGCGUUCAAUAUCAUAUUUGUUGGCAAGAGGUGGUUGGCUUGUGUUUUUGAGUACUGUGGUACUGUCUCUUGGGAUUCUUCUAAUUACCAUUGACGGUCCUCAUGAAAAGCAUCUUGAGGAACUCGUCAAAUAUUUUCAGUUCGGAUUAUGGUGGGUGGCCCUUGGAGUUGCAUCUUCAAUUGGUCUUGGAUCUGGUUUGCACACGUUUGUCCUAUAUCUGGGCCCUCAUAUUGCGUUUUUUACAUUAAAGGCAAUGCAGUGUGGUCGGGUUGAUCUAAAAAGUGCUUCCUAUGAUACAAUACAGCUAAAACAAGGCCCUUCGUGGCUUGGGAAGAACUGCUCUGACUUUGGACCCCCCUUGUUUACAUCAUUACAUGGUUUGCGGGUUCCACUUAGCAGCAUAUUACCACAGGUCCAGUUAGAGGCUGUUUUAUGGGGUCUUGGGACUGCAAUUGGAGAGCUUCCUCCAUAUUUUAUCUCAAGAGCAGCAAGCAUGUCUGGUAACAAAGUUGUCAUGGAAGAAUUGGAUGCUCCCUCAGAUGAAGGAACAGGAUUCAUAGCUACUCGUCUAAACCAAAUCAAGCGCUGGCUCCUGUCACACUCUCAGCAGUUGAACUUCUUUACAAUCCUAGUACUUGCUUCGGUGCCGAAUCCUCUUUUUGACCUGGCCGGCAUUAUGUGUGGACAAUUUGGUAUUCCAUUUUGGAAAUUUUUCCUUGCAACACUGAUUGGAAAGGCAAUUAUUAAAACUCAUCUACAGACAGUUUUCAUCAUCUCAGUUUGUAACAAUCAACUUCUAAAUUGGAUAGAGAAUGAAUUGAUUUGGGUUUUCAGUCUCAUUCCUGGUUUUGCUGCUGUCCUUCCUAACCUCAUUGUGAAAAUUGAUGCGGCAAAGGAAAAGUAUCUCACAGCUUCUCCUUCGUCAAAUAUCAAGGUGAAAACGUGGGAUUUCUCGUUUGCCUCAAUUUGGAACAGUUUGGUGUGGCUUAUGUUGUUGAACUUCUUUGUCAAGAUUGUUAAUGCAACCGCUCAGAGGUAUCUGAAGAAACAGCAGGAAACGGAGCUUGCUUUGUUGUCAAAGAAGUCAUAGAAUACCGGUCACACAUAAUGUUUGGCCAUGGCCUUUAAAAUGGCGGCACUGCUCUUUUUUUCUUUUUCUUUUCUUUUCUCCUUCGGUUUCACAACUAGGAGUAAUAGAAAUUGCUAGAUACAGCUCUUUCGGAAGGCACCGUUGAUCUCUCCCCAAAAUGUUCUGUGCAUGUCCUUGUUAGAAGCUAGUAUAGGAUCACAAAUAUCAUGGAGAACUGUACAAGUUGCAGGUUUAUGAUGCGUGUAAUUUUGGGGAGAGCAUUAUUUGGGGUUGGUUUUUUACCCUUGGUCAACUAAAUGUUGAAAUUAGAAAUUAGAAUCUUAUUAUUAUUUGCAAUGCAAGACAACGUUUGGAGGUUCUAGUACA